CUGCGACACGAGGACAAGACAACUACAGAAGAAAUAUUCGUCGUUAAAGGACUCGAAAGAUCAUUAUUAGGAAGACAAGCAGCCCACAGUCUGAAUUUACUCAACUGUGUCGACGCUCUAAACAACAACGAAAUGAAAGAAAGCGUCAAAGAAAAGUAUCCCAAUCUUUUCACCGGUCUUGGACAAAUUAAAGACCAAGAGUAUGAUAUUAAAGUCACGCACGAAGCAACACCUUUUGCAAUCACGGUUCCACGACAAGUUCCGAUACCACUUCGAAAAGAAACCGAACGGGAAUUACAAAGAAUGGAACGCAACGGAGUAAUAUCUCGAGUUGAAGAUCCAACCGAAUGGUGCGCCCCGAUGGUUGUAACGCCAAAAAGCAAUGGAAAAGUUCGAGUAUGCGUAGAUCUCACAAAGCUUAAUCAGUUCGUGCAACGUGAAAACCAUCCCCUACCAACAACCGACACGACAUUUGCAAACCUUGCUGGAGCUCGGUAUUUCACAAAGUUAGAUGCCAACUCUGGAUUUUGGCAAAUCAAGCUCUCGGAAAGAUCAAAACCUCUAACAACGUUCAUAACACCCUGGGGACGGUACUGUUUCAACGUUCUUCCUUUCGGAAUAAGUUCAGGGUCUGAAAAGUUUCAGAAAUGUAUGUGCCAAAUUCUCGAAGGUUUGGAUGGCGUCGAAUGCAACAUCGAUGAUGUUCUAGUUCACGGUGCAACACAAGAAGAACACGACCGAAGAUUGGAAGCGGUUCUCCAACGACUCGGUAACGCCAACGUCACGCUAAAUGCCGAAAAGUGCGUGUUUAACGUCUCGAGUGUGAAAUUCCUAGGUCAGAUCGUGGGAGCUGAUGGCAUCAAACCCGAUCCAGAGAAAAUACAAGCGAUUCUCGAAAUGCCACACCCAACCAACCUACAUGAAGUCCGUUCCUUUCUUGGAAUGGUAAACCAAUUUAGCAAAUUUACCACCAAUCUUGCUGACCUGACAAAGCCCAUCCGAGAACUGCUAGUUAAGAACACUGCGUGGACAUGGGGACCACCACAACAAGACGCUUUUGACAAAAUCAAGAAAGCCCUGACAUCAGCACCGAUACUAACCUUGUACGACCCCAACAAAGCAACCAAAAUAGCGGCCGACGCAUCAUCAUACGGCCUUGGAGCGGUGGUGCUGCAAGAAGAAGAACCAGACACCUGGAAACCUGUAUCAUUCAUUUCAAGGUCGAUGACAACAACCGAGGCCAGGUAUGCCCAGAUAGAGAAAGAAGCUCUAGCGGUAACUUGGGCAUGUGAACGGUCAAGCAAUUACAUAAUUGGAAAACCAAUAACAAUUGAAACUGACCACAAACCACUGGUACCUUUAUUAACCAACCAUACCAUCGACAAGUUACCUCCAAGACUACAACGCUACAAGAUGAGACUAAUGAGAUUCCACAUCAAAGAUGUUCGACACGUACCUGGAAAACUACACUACACAGCCGACACUCUGUCCAGGAAGAUACCUGAAAGCACAGUCCAACCAACCGUAGAAGAAAAUGAAAUGAACGCUUACGUUUUAAGUGUAAUUGAUGCCUUGCCCGCAUCUAAUCCGAGAUUGAAGGAAAUCCAACAAGCCCAAGAUGAAGACGAGGUAUGCAAAGAAGUGAAGAAAUACUGUAUGGAUCAAUGGCCAGAAAAAGAUCAUGUCACUCCUGCCGUAAAACCUUACUGGUCAGUACAAGGAGAGCUCACCAUCGCCGACGGGUUAUUGCUCAAAGGAACAAGACUGGUCAUUCCAUCCCGCUUGCAACGCCAAACCCUCAACCAAAUACACGAAGGUCACCAAGGUAUCAGCAAAUGCAGAGAACGAGCCAAAAUAUCCGUUUGGUGGCCAGGACUCAGUGCCCAAAUUAAAGUCAUGGUCGAAAACUGUACAACAUGCAGCAAAUAUAGACAGCAGCAUCCAGAACCAUUGAUGCCAACGCCACUCCCUCAAAGACCAUGGUAAUUGAUUGCAACAGACCUUUUCAUUCUAGAAAAGGUUACUUACCUACUGGUGGUAGAUUAUUAUUCUCGCUACGUCGAAGUUGUGGCAUUACCUAAAAGUACAAGUUCAUCGAAGAUCAUUCAAGCCCUGAAAACCAUUUUCGCCAGGCACGGGAUUCCUGACGAGGUACGUUCCGACAAUGGGCCUCAAUAUCAUAGUGACGAAUUCGCCCAGUUUGCAAAGGAGUGGGGAUUCAAACACAGUACCAGCAGCCCUCGUUAUCCUCAAGCGAACGGCGAAGUGGAACGAGCAGUAAAAACAGUGAAAAACAUCCUGAAGAAGGAACAAGAUCCAACAAAAGCACUACUGGCAUAUAGAUCAACACCAUUAGCAAGCGGAUACUCUCCAGCAGAACUCCUUAUGGGAAGAAAGAUAAAGUCAACAAUACCAAUAACACUACCACAUUUAACACCACAACUGCCAAACCAGAAACUCUUCAUAGAAAAAGAAGAAGUAUAUAGAUCGAAGCAGAAAAAGAAAUUUGACAAUCGCCACAAAGCUCAACCAUUAAAACCUCUACCACCAGGAGCAACAGUUUACAUCACAGACAUGGAUUGUACCGGAACAAUAAUUAGACCAUCCAAGAAACCAAGAUCAUAUCUGGUUGAUACUCCUACAACGGUAGUAAGACGAAACCGAGUACAGCUGCAAAACAUUCCCAAGGACAUUGAUAAGAAACAAGACGAACAGGAAACAACACCAUCAUUAAAUAUAAAUAGCAGACCUAGCAGAAUUAAAACAUUGUCUUUGAAAGCAAGAGAAAAUCUUGGACUAGAGUAG